AGAGACUCUACAAAGCAACCAAUUGAGGAUAUAUCUGGACCUGUACUUGAUAAGAGCUGUAAGCAUAUAUGCUCAAAGUGCCAUGAUAGCUGCUUGCAAGAACGAAGAAUUCCUCACUUAGCCUUAGCUAAUGGUCUUUGGAUUGGUCAAGUUCCACUACAGCUCCAAGGCUUAUUAUGGACUGAGCAGCUGCUCAUAGCCAAGGUGAUCAGAAACUAUUGUGUUGUAAGAGUAUCCAAGUCAAAAAUGCAUAAAUUGCGAGCAAAUGCUGUAUGUCGUGCUGUAUCUAUGCCUAAAAUACUCUCAGUCUUACCACCAAAGCGUGAGGAACUUGAUGAUGUAUUGGCAUUCUUGUAUAUUGGUCCAACUAGGCCUACACCUAAGGAUUACAAGUGCACACCAUUUUUAAUCAGAUAUAAUUAUCUUAAUCACUGUGACUACAUAGAUGUUGAAAUCUCUAAGGACAAUAUGGCAGAGUAUCCAGAAAAUGUUCCACCUGUCAAUGUAGAUUACCCUGAAGCACAGACCACAAAAAAUGCAGAAUCUAUGGCUGUAAAUGAUAAUGAGGAAGAGGAUGGAACAAGUGAAGGAAACUGCCCAUUUACUGUCCAUACCUUGACUUCUCAUCAGCUUACUGACCUGCUCAACAGAGAUGAGCGUGGGACUAUCAGAAACAAGGCUUCGAAACACUUCAAACAAGGUGGAAAGGCUUUAAUCAUGAGCGGAUUGAGUAGACUACUACUGGAGGUUAUUUGCUAG